AGGGUUGCGGGACACUCACCAGCAUCAGUCCCCGUGUGAGGUGGCAAAUGCAACAUGCUCUCCAGCUUGGGGUGUCUACUUCUCUGUGGAAGUAUUACGCUAGCCCUGGGAAAUGCACAGACUUUGCCAAAAGGUAAAAGGCCAAACCUGAAAGUCCACAUCAAUACCACAAAUGACUCUAUCCUCCUGAAGUUCCUGCGUCCAAAUCCUAACGUAAAACUGGAAGGCUUUCUCCUGGGAUAUGGCAGCAAUUUAUCAUCAAACCAGUACUUCCCUCUUCCCGCGGAGGGGAAAUACACCGAGGCUGUAGUCGAUGCAGAGCCCAAAUAUCUGAUUGUGGUGCGACCAGCUUCUGCGCCAAGUCGAAAGAAGUCAUGCUCAGGCAAAACACGCUCUCGCAAACCUCUCCAGCUGGUGGUCGGCACUCUGACACCAAGCUCCGUCUUCCUGUCCUGGGGUUUCCUCAUUAACCCGCACCAUGACUGGACGUUGCCGGGUCACUGUCCCAAUGACAGAUUUUAUACAAUUCGCUAUAGAGAAAAGGAUAAGGAAAAGGAAUGGAUUUUUCAACUCUGUCCAGCCACUGAAACAAUUGUAGAAAAUCUAAAGCCCAACACGGUUUAUGAAUUUGGAGUGAAAGACAAUGUAGAAGGUGGAAUUUGGAGUAAAAUUUUCAAUCACAAGACUAUUGUUGGAAGUAUAAACAAAGUAAAUGGGAAAAUUCAAAGUACCUAUGAUCAAGUAAACACAGUGCCAGCAUAUGUCCCAAGGAAGCUGAUCCCAAUAACAGUCAUCAAGCAAGUGAUUCAGAAUGUUCACAGGGCUUCAACAAAAUCCCCAGAUAAGACUCCCAGUGGAGGAACAAUACUGGUCCACCUUGUUAUUCCUGGUCUUAAUGAAACUACUGUAAAACUUCCUACAUCCAUAAUGUUUGAGAUUUCAGAUGCAGUCAAGACACAAUUAGCUAAGAAUGAAACCUUGGCAUUACCAGCUGAAUCUAAAACACCAAAGGUAGAAAAAAUCCCAGCUCAGCCCAUAACAGUGUCUCCUGAAUCAGUUCCAAGAACCACUAAACCCACUGUAUCUAGCGCGUUAGACAUUUCAGAAACAACACUGGUUCUCAGCAAAAAGACCCCGGAAAGAUUUCAAACUAUUCUAAUACCUAGGUUUGAAUUACCACUGAGCACUCUAGCUCCGAAAAGACUUCCAGAAUUUCCUCAGGCAAAAACACCCUUCCUUUUUGAGAAACCUGGGGGCUCCUGGGCUUCAAGUGAAAAACCAUGGCCUGAACCUAUAACUAAAACAUCUGAAGAUUCCAAAGUUCUACCUCCUCAAACUGCAACUUAUGAUGUUUUCUCAAGCCCUACAACAUCAGAUGAGCCUGAAAUAUCCGAGUCCCACCCAGCAACAAGUGAUCCAUUUCUGGAUUCUGUCCCACCCAAAACUUCUAGAACUCUUGAACAGCCAAGGGCAACACUGGCUCCACGUGAAAUACCAUUUGGUCCUCAAAAAGUGGAAACCAUUCCCCAUCCUGAAGUGCACCCUACAACACCUGCUCCCCUGCAAACUACAUCCGUCCCUUCUACACCUAAACAGCGCCUCAGGCCCAAACCACCAAGAAUCAAACCUGAAAGAACCAAAAGGCCUGGGACAACAACAUCUAAAAUUUCCAUAAGCCCCGAACCUACAUGGACAACACUGGCUCCCAGUAAAACACAAUUUAUUUCUUUGAAACCUAAAAUCCCUCUCAGCCCAGAAGUGACACACAUCAAAACUGCCCCAGAACCUCAGGCUCCAAUACCAUCGCAGUCAACAAUAGUCUUAGAACCUGAAACACUGGGAACCAAACCUUCAACAACAUUAGCUCCACGAAAGACCAAAAGACCAGGUCGUCGACCCCGCCCUAAAACCACACCUAGUCCAGAUGUGCCCAAGUCUAAACCUGCUCUGGAACCUGCUACAGUACCACCUGAGCAAUUGGUGCCCACAAUCGCAUCAAAACCAUCCAAAAGACCUAAAGCCACACAUAGACCAGAUGCACCCCAAAUCCAGCCUGAUUCAAAACCACCAAAGCAAUUACUUCCUAAACCCCAAACCACAGCAAAACCAGACAUGCCAUCAACUAAACCCGACUUUAAGCCUGUUACAGUUGAGACUGAAGCUCCUGCCAUAACUAUAGUCCCUGCCACAGACGUUGAACAUGUAACUCUGGGAACUGAGGCUCCCUGGACAACAUUGGCUCCAAAAACGUCACAACGACCAAGAACACGUCGUCCACGUCCCAAAUCUCCAAAACAUCCAAAACCUUCCAAACAUAAAACCACGCCGAGCCCAGAGGCACCUCAGACUGCAGUAGACAUUGAACCUGUUGCUCCUGGGAUAUCUUUAGCUCCAAAAACAACAAAGAGGCCCCGUCGUCCACGCCCCAAACCUAAAACCACACCCCAUCCAGAAGUACCUCAGGCUACACUGGUUCCUGCGACAAUCUUUGAACCAGUUAUUCUUACAACUGAGGCUCCAGGGGUGACACUAGUUCCUGUUACAGACCUUGAACCUGUUAUUUUUACAACUGAGACCUCUGGAACAACGUUAGCUACCAAAGCAUCAAAAAGGCCCCAUCGUCCACGUCUCAGACCUAAAAGCACACCAAGCCCUCAAGUACCUCAGACCAAACUGGCUCCUGCUGCAGUCCUUGAACCUGUCACUCUUAGACCACAGGCCCCAGGAACACCAUUAGCUUCCAAACCAUCACAACGCACAGGCCGUCCAUGUCCCAGACCAAAAACCACACCACGUUCUGAAGCAUCUGAAUCCAAACCAGUUUCUACUGCAGACUUUGAACCUGUUACAUUCAGGACUGAGACUUGGGUGCCAACACAAGCUCCUAAACCACCAAAACGGACCCGUCGUCCACGUCCCAAACCUAAAACCACACCAACUACUGAGGCACCUCAAACCAAACUGGUUCGUAUUACAGAUCUUGAGCCUGGUACUCCUAGAACUGAAGUUCCAGAAGUCAUAGCUCCCACUGAACUGCAAACUCUUAUUUUGAGACCAGUGACACCACCAAGCCUAGAAAUGACACAAAGUCAACCUGUUUCUGAAGUCCAGGAAUCUGUUACAUUUAGCACCGGGUCAUCAGAGGAAGCUCUAGCAUCAACAGAAACAGAUUAUGUAUAUCCCACUGCCAAAGCACCACUCAGGCCAGAAGAACUAAAGACUGAACGUGUUGUGGAAUCUAUUACAAAUGUGUCUGAGCCACCUGAGACCACAUUAGCUUCCAAGCAAAUACCGCUCAUCCCUCCCAAACCAAAAACAUCUCCACAUCCAAGAGUCCCACAGACACAGCAAGCUGUUAAGGUGCUCCAGCAUGUUACUUCAAAGCCAAAAAUGUCACCAAAGCCAGAAGUGUCAUAUACUCCACCUGUUCCAGAUGUGCUCCUUCCCCAUAAACCAGACCACCAAGUCUCUCAGAGUGAACCUGCUCCUUUAGAGACCCGAGGCAGCCCUUUCAUUCCCAUGAUUUCACCAAGUCCUAGUCAAGAGGAGCUACAAAGCACUCUGGCAGAAACAGACCAAUCCACCCAGGAACACUUCACAACUAAGAUUCCACGAACAACUGAAUUGGCAAAGACAACUCAGGUACCACACAGAUUGUACACUACCCCUGUGAGGCCUAGGAUACCAGACAAACCACACAUCAGACCUGUUCUGAAUAAGACAACUACAAGACCUAGUAAACCAAAACCCAGUGGGACACCCAAAGGAAAUGGAAUGGGAACAGGGGUCAAGGGACCAUUAGGUGUUGGUAGAAAUAAGUCCGUGGACUCUACCCACUUCACAAAGAAACCAGGCACUAUUCCAGGCACUCGCCGCCCACUCUUUCCACCUAGACCUACGCCCCCUCGAAGAAAGCCUUUACCACCAAAUAAUGUCACUGGAAAGCCAGGAAGUGCAGGAAUCAUUUCCUCAGGCCUAGGAACUUCCCCGCCCUCGAAGGCAGCACUCAGGCCUAUGGGAGUCCCCUCAGAGAGAACAGAGACAGAUAAAAAGCAACCAACGGCUCUGGCCUCAGGAGAGGAUCUUGGUAAUGUAACUGACUUUAGCUCAAGCCCAACAAGAGAAACUGAUCAUCUUGGGAAGCCCAGAUUCAUAGGUCCUCAUGUGCGAUACAUCCAAAAGCCUGACAACAGGCCCUGCUCCAUCACCGACUCCAUCAAACGGUUCCCCAAAGAGGAGGCCGCAGAGGGGAACGCCACCAGCCCACCGCAGAACCCUCCUUCCAACCUCACCGUGGUCACUGUGGAAGGCUGCCCUUCUUUUGUCAUCUUGGACUGGGAUAAGCCACCAAAUGACACUGUUACUGAAUAUGAAGUUAUAUCCAGAGAGAAUGGGUCAUUCAGUGGAAAGAACAAGUCCAUCCAAAUUACAAAUCAAACCUUCUCCACAGUAGAAAAUCUAAAACCAGACACAAGCUAUGAAUUCCAGGUGAAACCUAAAAACCCACUUGGAGAAGGCCCAGCCAGCAACACAGUGGCAUUCAGUACUGAAUCAGCGGAUCCAAGAGUGAACGAGCCAGUUUCUGGAGGAAGAGAUGCCAUCUGGACAGAGAGACCCUUUAAUUCAGACUCUUACUCAGAAUGUAAGGGCAAACAGUAUGUCAAAAGGACGUGGUAUAAAAAGUUUGUUGGGGUACAGCUGUGCAACUCUCUCAGAUACAAGAUUUAUCUGAGCGAUUCCCUCACAGGAAAAUUUUAUAACAUAGGUGAUCAGAGAGGCCAUGGAGAAGAUCACUGCCAAUUUGUGGACUCGUUUUUAGAUGGACGCACAGGACAACAACUGUCUUCUGACCAGCUACCCAUGAAAGAAGGCUAUUUCAGAGCAGUUCGUCAGGAACCUGUCCAAUUUGGAGAAAUCGGCGGUCACACCCAAAUCAAUUACGUUCAGUGGUAUGAAUGUGGGACCACAAUUCCUGGAAAAUGGUAGAUACUGCAAUCAUGAUCACAAGUGCCUUCUGUUUCAUCAUGGCAAAAAAAAUAAUUGCAAACACUAUGGUAUUUGUCACAUUCAUUUAAAGCUGUUCUGUUUACUAUGUGUAAAAGUUUAAAAUCUGAUAGCAAUAUUAGAUGUUUAUUAGAAAGAUUGCUGAGAAUAUUUAUCAGGUUUUAAAAAGUCAUUUUUAGAAAGCAAGAUAUUAACAGAGUAACAUUUUUUGGGGAAGCUGGCUCCCUAUUCAUGGUAU